CUCACGAGUGUCGUCUGCGAGCGAAGUUUUUGCCGCGCUCAUUCGGUACGAGUCUGUGAUGGGUUGCGGUAGUCGCGGUCGCUGUCAUGGAGGAUGAGCUUAAAUGCCCGAUUUGCAAGCAUUUUUACACCAACCCCGUCCUGCUACCAUGUUCGCACUCACUGUGCCUCAAUUGCGCGCUCAACAGCCAGCAACCGGUGAACAGCUCGACGAAUGCCCCUCAACAAGCAGACGACAGCAUCAACGGAAUUUCCUCUACGGAAAUCAACACUGCCGCCGAUUACCCGGAUGGGGAUAAAGUCAGUCUUCUCAGUGAAACUGACAGUGGUGUGGUCUGCACGAGUCGGCCGAACUCGUAUGUGGGAACGCCGAACAUCCAGGGAAUACUUUUCCCACCGUUGCAAAGUUCGGCGGCGUUCUCCUCGCUCACAUGCCCGGAGUGUCACAAAGUGGUUUACUUCGACGAGAAUGGGGCGCAUAACCUGUGUAAGAACCGGGCACUGCAAAAUAUUGUAGAUAAGUACGGUGAAACGCGGCGUCUGCCCGUGAGUUGCCAGUUGUGUGAAGGUGAUGACCCCAAGGAAGCGUCGGUUAUGUGUGAGCAGUGUGAAGUGUUCUACUGCGAUGUCUGCCGAGAUAAUUGUCAUCCAGCAAGAGGGCCGUUAGCGAAACACUCGCUUGUCGAGCCUCAGCAGGGGAAGAAAGCUUUGAAAGCGAAGGCACAGGGCGCGCGGGACGCCAAGUGUGGUGAACAUGCCGACGAGGGGCUCAGCAUGUACUGCAUGCUGUGCAAGACUUCUGUGUGUGUGUUGUGUCUGCAAGAGGGUAGACAUGCAAGUCACGACGUCCAAGCGCUCGGCUCCAUGUGCAAGGCUCAAAAGACGGAGCUAUCCCAGAACCUGCAAGCCCUCUCCGAAAAGGCCAAGUCAGCCACAGAGUUCAUUCAGGGACUGAAAGGCAUGUCGGAAACGGUCAACGAGAACUGCAGCCAGUUCGAAGCCGAAAUCUCCGCGCAGUGCGACCUCUUGCUGGAAGCCCUGGAAGCUCGCCGACGAGAAUUGCUGGCAUUUGCUCGUCAAGAGCGGGACGGGAAGCUGAAAGCGCUCAAGGAACAAGUGGGCAACUGCACACUCACCCUGCAGAGGACAACAGCCCUGCUGCAGUUCUGUAUCGAGGCCCUGAAGGAAACGGACCACGCUGCCUUCCUGCAGAUUGGUUCGGCGCUAAUUCACCGCGUAGCGACUGUGGACUUGAGCUGGCACAAGGACAUGGCGUCAACGCCCUGGGCCAAUGCAGAUUUCGACUUGACGCUGGAUCUUCAGUCGGUUAUGGACGCCGUUCAGCAGAUGACGUUCACGCAACUUAAGCAAGACGGAGAUGCUUCAACAGCUCCCGGCGCGCCCUCUCUGAUUCCAGAAGAUUCCAGCGCGGACAACAACAGUAUCACCGUUGCCUGGCAACCACAGGCCGGCAGCUACGUGCAGGGAUACGUACUCGAACUGGAUGACGGAAACCAGGGACCAUUCCGGGAGGUUUAUUGCGGGAAAGAGACCAUCUGCACCGUGGACGGCCUCCACUUCAACAGCAGCUACAGGGCGAGGGUGAAGGCCUUCAACAGCACAGGAGAGGGACCUUACAGCGAAGUCAUCAGCCUACAGACAGCGGAAGUAGCGUGGUUUGCCCUGGACCCAGCUUCUCGCCAUCCUGACGUGGUUCUGUCAAACGAAAACCAGACGGUCCACUGCGACAGCUACGAACACAGAGUAGCGCUGGCAACAUUGGGCUUCUCCCGCGGCAUCCAUUAUUGGGAAGCGUCCGUUGACCGGUACGACAGCAACGCCGACGUGGUACUGGGCGUUGCUUGCUACGAUGUCGCCAAGGGGCUUAUGUUAGGCAAGGAUGACAAAGGCUGGAGCAUGUACAUCGACCAUCAGCGGUCCUGGUUCCUGCACGCGGACCGACACGAAAACCGCACGGAGGGCGGCAUUGAACGUGGCUCUGUCCUGGGCGUGUUGCUGGACCUGGACCACAGACAUCUCACUUUCUACGUCAACGACGAGCGCCAGGGCCCGCCAAUGUCGUUGGGUCACGCGCUAGGGCCGUUCUACCCGGCUUUCUGCGUGAACCGAAACGUCCAAUUAACGAUCCAUACUGCUCUCGACCCUCCUCCGUCUUCGGAUACAUCGGACGAUGGCGAAGAGGUCGUCGCAGAAGUGCAUCGCCCACCAGACGGCGCGCUGCCACCGCCUGUAGUGUAGUCAAAGCAGACGACUCUUCUGAUUGCGGGACAGACGAUAUUCACCAGAAGGAUGACUUUCGAAGCAGGUCUCGAGCGUUCCUAGUGACGUCAAAGGUGUGACGUCGCGCGUGCUGAAGUCUACGUUCCACCAGGUGACGCUGCUGGACUAGCACAGUGUGCAGCGUGGACUAAGUAGGCUACGCUUAUGGUUUCGGUUUCAAAGCUGAGGAUGUUCCGCCAAGUUUGACGUCAGAGUUUUAUCCGGUGUGACGUCACGAACGACGUUAGCGUCGCCACCACCAAUCGUCGAUGUUUCACCUCCUCGCAGUGCAGGGCACAUUUCGGAGUGGCGUUCACGCAAACGCACCUGGUGACGCUUUUUGGAACAAAGAUCUACGUGCGUGACGUUCGCUAUUUCACGGGGUGGGGGUGGGGGGUGACGUCACCAGCGCUGUAACGUAGCUGACAGUGUCGAUCGUGGUGAAGCUGACCAGUAGCUACUGGAGGAGUAAUGAUGUCUUUCUCUUUGGUAGGUCUCCGGUGUCACGUGAUCUUUUCUGUCUGAAAUAGUUUCCUACGUAUCAUUGAGUGUUCGUAUGCAGGCCCAAAGAUGGACACUGUGAGGGAAAGAGGGAGGGAAAGGGAGUGUUGAUGGAUGGAAACAUAUCAAAUCUCGAACCCCGGUUGUUUUGAUAUUUUCGAAUACGCGUUUUGUUCUCCUUUAGGCCUAUAUUCCCGGAACAUAUAUAUAUAUGUAGACUCCCAAUGCUUUGUGACGCGUGGUUAGACCCAAGGGACGCUGGUCGUCCACCCUAUCUGCAUUUUUAGCGUGUCACAUUUCUCAGGAUAUCCGACACGGCCCUUAUUCAGAAGGACAUAUCUUGGACGAGGAAGUCGUUUACUUUUCUCCUUUAAUUCGAGGUCUGCUCCAGCCACACUUGUCCCACGCACGGGAUCUUAUUCCAGCUUGAGUUCAACUUCUUUGCAUUUCAGCUAUACUUUACUGUGCGCCAACUGCUGGACACUGUUUCCCAGGAGAUCUCACGUGCACAGAUAUAUUUAUAUAUGUGUAAGAAGAAGAAGAAGAAGAAAAAAGAAAAGACAAGCUCCUACGCGGAACGUGUAUACAUAUCCGUGACACUAUUAUGGCGGACAAGCUCUUUUUAUGCCGCAUUGUGUAAAAAAAAAAAAAAAAUGUUCUUCGGGAUGUUCCGUGAGAACUUUCGGGGGCGGGGGCAUAUUUUCGUGAGCGGUAUCUGAGUUUUUCUCACUGAUGAUGAUGAAAGCGUGGUUUUCUGUCAUGCUAGUUACUAGUCCUAUGUAGUAUAACUGUGAAGGAUGCGAGGCACAGCGAAGAGGUUUUUCAAGCAACGAAAAGUCAUAACUGGAACGUACCGAGUGAAUGCGAAACUGUCAUUGAGAAUCGUUGUUAUGAACAGCGAGACGGUUUCGCACGCUUUCGAAAGUGGACGAAUAUUCGAACCGCGUUUUGAAACACCAACCUUACACCAAGUUUUGGACGUCUCAAACGGAUGAUUUUUGUUUACAGCUGAUAACCAUGAAGCAGGCGGGCAUUUUCUUCGUCGCUGCUGCGAAAACGGAAAUGCAGACGACAACGAUUAAGCAGGCGGCCAUUUCUGUCGUCUGCAU